GUCGUACAUAAAAACUGCAGUCAAUUAAUUCACGAACGCGCGUGUUCAACACGAAAUAACGCCUUUAUUGCGGUUCUGUCUGAUAUGAAUACAACUGUUUAGGAUUUGGAGCAUAAAAUUUAUAGUACCGGACAUAGUAAAAAUGAGCAAUUUCGUUAACUACAACCGUGCAUCUCGUUCCUAUGACAAUCAGAGGUUUCCAGCUGGGUCUGAUACUAUGGCGGCCAUGAUUCAGUUUUACACGAGUAAAAACUUACCGGAUCUUCGUAUACUGGAUGCUGGUUGUGGCACUGGAAAUUAUUCGAAGUCUUUACUUGAUAUUGGAGUUGGCCAAAUGGCACUACUGGAUUCAUCGUCAGAAAUGUUAAAGACAGCCAAAGAUAAACUUGAUAACUAUAUAGAAUGUGGAAAAGUCACAGAUGUUGUUGAAUGCACGAUGCCACCAAUUCCAUUUCCGGAUGACAGUUUUGAUGCUGUCCUAUUCAAUACGGUUUUAAACCAUCUUGAUCGAGCGAACUCUGCUUUUCCUAACUGCGUUGAAACACUGAACGAAUCCCGACGGAUCUUGCGACCAAACGGCGUUAUAAUAGUAUCAACAGCCCUUCCAUCAGCAAUUUUAAACGCUGUAUGGUUUACGAAGAUAAAUACGAAAUUAACGAAACGUUUUAUAGAAAAUGCUGUUCCAUCUUUGGACCAGUUUGAGAAAAUGUUUAUAGCCUCUGGUAUCGAAUGUUUUCAGAAAAUGAAUAUAUUGGGUUCAGAUAUCUUCAAGAACUAUUACAAUGUAGAUGGUCUGCCGGAGGAAUCUUGGCUGAAAGAAAAUGAGUACCUGACGUUCGCGACAGAGAGUGAAGCUGGAGAAUUGUUCAGAAAAGUUAAAGAACUGAAGGAAAAUGGUGAGCUAGAAAACUGGGUGAAAGAAAAUGACCACACUCAAACUAUAGGUGUUCUAACAAUCUUCGUUUGUAAACCCGUUUCUGCCAAGUGAAUUUACUGCUGCGCAAAUAACGGCUGUAUAUAAAGAUAAAUGAAUUUUCAUGCGAAGAUAAAUCCAUGCAGUUUAUUCAUGGUUUGAUACACAGACUGUCAAAGAAUGUUGUAUGAAAUUAUAUUCAAGAAAAGACAACAAAUGUGGUGCGAACCUCAAAGACCGCUUUUUAAAAUGAUAUGCAAAUUAAUGAUACCUUCUGGAUACUAAUUUGUUAUCUGUUAAAAGAUAGUGUUGCGCUGAAAUACGUAAGUUUGCUCAUGUAGUCAUAAAUCAGUAUUACUGUAUAAAAUGCACUAUUCCAGCAGUUAAAAACAUUCUUCAGCCAACACUCAUGUUCAUAGAAAUGUAAUGCGUUACUCAACAUUUUAGUAUCUACACAAAAAGUUUGAUAUGUCUUUCAACAAUAUUCAAAAUACUUUUAGCAAAAUGAUAACGGGCCGAUCAACAAACUUCAGCUAAAUUAAUAUUAUCAAUUGAUAUUGCUUAACUGAAAAUGUAGCAGUAAUAUUUGCCCAUCAGUGACGAAUAUACCUGUCGGCAGUCCUUCUAUCUGUUUUAUCUCACUCUUAUGAUUUAUUAGUGCAACUACAAAAGUCUAUCGAAAUGUCCAGUUUGUCAGCAUGGAAUAUCAAAAGCCCUUCCUAAAGGUCUAAUAAUUGAUAUUUCGUGUCCGCUUUUUAUCCUAUCAACUGCAAUGAAUUUUUCAAACAACUCUCCACGAUUGUUAACCAUAAUGAACUGUUAAAUUGUCUUUUCGAUUAAAGUUAAAGGUCUUACAACCUUUGUGAUUGAUUGCUCUAACAAUUUGUUUGCUUGACGGUACUAAGAAAAUACACUUGUCCCUUAAGGCGCUGAUAUUGGUUGAGAUCAAAGUUAAAUCUUAGUUUGUUCUUGUACAUCUUUUAUUUAGGUCAGAUACAUCCUAGCUUCUUCCUUGCCAUGUCAUUAGUUCAUGAAGUUUUGGUUGAAUUAUUGAUCAUUUGAAAAAACUAGCUUUUAUUUUGUUUCAUCUAAUAGAGGUUUUAUCUGCAUCUUUGUUAUCUGUGCAGGUCGUCCAGCUUUUUCGAAAACAAAGAAUGUACAAUACAAUACAUUGAACAACAUAGAAUGUUCUUUUCGUUACAACCGUAUAUCCCUCAUUAAUAUCUGCUUCUCAAUCCAUCGUCACCUAUAAAGUCGAGACUCAGCCGAUUGUUUUUGUAAAAGAGCAUGUUUAUUUAAAUUUUUGAUGACAGUAAUCUAAUGUUCUAUUUAUCCUCCCUUCUGAUUCAGAAAUAAAACUUUAAUUCCCACAAA